AUGGUUUCAAUAGUUGUGCUGGUAUUCCUUAUAAUAGGAAUUUUACUAUAUCGUAAAUAUUUAUAUUAUAAGAAACUGAGAAAACUAAAUGAAGAUGGAUUAAUGAUACAACCCAGAACCAUCCCAUCACAUUUAGACGACAAUAAUCAUUGGUUAAAUAUUGGUAAUGGUGGCAGUGAUGGUACCGCUAAUAAUAAAAACAAUGCUCAUUUCAAUGAUAGCACUGUUGUUGGCAGUGGAAUUGACUAUAAUGGAAAUUCUCUUGGAUCGACCAAAAAACUUCCGAAUAAACCACCUGAUGCAAAUCACAAACAAGCAAUCAACUAUGGGGCAUUUGCUGUAUGGGAAGAAUUGGAAAUUAAAAGACUUUUAGGUGAAAAGGAUUUGGAAAUAUUUUGUUGGCAUUUUGGUGUAAAACCAAAUGGUAACGUUGACCCAGCAAAAGAUAUUCAAGGUGAAUCAAAAAAUAAGUACAUUUGA